CGCAACCUCCAACGCUGCAACUGCGCCAUUCAUUUUUUUUUUUGAAAACACAACGGCCUACCAGUAAAAGGAUACGAAACAAAGAUUACCUAUUCACCAUAAAAAAAACACUCGUCUUUUACAGCCGACGGAUUCUUUUUUGCAAAGGAGACGACGCAGCUAACGGAUACGCGUCCAUUGUCUGAACGAGCAAGAUGAGCACCAAUGCUAAGAUCAAAACGGAUUCUGCCAUGGCGUCGGGCCCAGCACAAAAGAAAGCCAAGAUGGACGACAGCAAAUAUCUUCCAGAGCUACUAGCAGAAAAGGACAGUCUGGAUUCGUCGUUCACACACGCUAUGAAGCUGAUAUCCACAGAGAUUGAAAGGGUUCAGAAAGGUGAGCCGCUGAAAGACUCAGAAAAGGAGACUUACCUGGACCUGUUUGCCACAAGAAAUCUGAAACUCAAGGAGCGAGUAUUAAUCCCCACAAAGCUAUAUCCAAGGGUCAACUUUGUCGGUAAGAUUUUGGGCCCUCAAGGGAACACAAUCAAGAGACUCCAGGAGGAGACCGGAGCCAAGAUUUCCGUCCUAGGGAAGGGCUCCAUGAGGGACAAGAAUAAGGAGGAAGAGCUGAGGAAGGGUGGUGAGGCUAAAUACGCACACCUGUCCAUGGAGCUGCACGUCUUCAUCGAGGUGACCGCUCCCAUUCCAGAGGCUUACCUGCGCAUGGCUCAUGCCAUGGACGAAGUCAAGAAGUUCCUUAUCCCAGAGCCCGGUGAGCAGGAGCAGUACAUGGACCCCCACUACCUCAACGGAGCCCAGGACGGCUCGGGUCGAGGCCGAGGGGGUCACCCAGGCCGGGGUCGCGGCGGCCCACCCAAUGCCUCAGGACCAAGGGGUCGAGGUAUGCCCCGCGGGGCGCCCCGUGGCGGCACGCCGCGAGGCGGAGCUCACCGCGGCUCACUCGGCAGGGGCGGUGCACCCAGGGGGGCGCCGGCCGGCAGGGGCGGCCCCCCCGCCCCGCCCAACAGGGGAGGCUCGGCGCCGCGCUCACGGCCCCCUACGUCUGGGGCCCCCAGGAUGCUCCCCGCCGCAGCCCUCUCGCACCAGCAGCACCAGCUCCCCCCCCAGCAAACGACACAGCCCAAGUCGGAGUCCUAUGAGGAAUACCAAUCCUAUGAAGAGUCCUACACGGAACCCGCCUACGAGUCCUACGAAAACUAUUACAACCAACAACCUGCACCGGCAGAUACCGAGUACUACGACUACGGCCACGGAGAGCCCCAGGAGCCCACAUACGAUGCCUACACUCAAGAUGAUUGGGAGGGGUCAUGGCCCAAUUCUGGAUCCGGUGGGAAAGUCCCUCCCGCCAGGCAGUCCAAGGGAGGAUACAGGGAGCAUCCAUAUGGAAGAUACUGAAUGGCUUCUGGUAGAAAGUUGCUCCAGCAACGGUCUACAAUUGUAACUCACUUUUAACUUUUCAAAAAGUAAUUUCCUUCUUGUUGGUUCCCUUUUUAAUGUUUAUUUUACACCGACUUUAUUUUUAUUUCUACUAAACUAGAGGAGAUAUGUUGGGUGCAUUGCAGCGUGCCACAUUAAUCUGCAAAUGCAGGACGUUUUGUUGUUUAUAGCGUUUCAUAAAAUGUUUUAGUGUGGUUGGAGGUUUAGGUCUAGGAUCCUGGUUACAUUUAAUAUAAUCAGAUAAAGUAAUGUUUAGGCAUUUUGUUCAAUGGUUAUCAUUUCACCUAGUUCCCAAUAAUAUGUGUGUGGCGAUUAAGCAGUCUUAUUUAGGCUGCAUUUCAAAUGUCGUCAAUGAACCCACAAAAAAUGAAUUUUGCGAGUGUCCCAAUGUAACUUCAUUAAAUAGACUAGUUUAAGAUGCAAAUCCUAACGCAGCCUUUUUUGAGCUGUUAUGAAUGAAUCAAAACGUGUAGAGGUAUGCUGUCCUGCAUUUUUUUUUUGUAUAUAUAAUUUUUAUCUAAAUCCUAUUUGAAUUCGGAUCGUCUCGUGAAAUCGUAUUCAAAACAAUCACUUUUUACACCAUUAACAUUCAUUUGGCAACACCAGGAAUUUGUGUCCUUUAACAAUUUAUUUUCUAAAAUUGAUCCGCAAUUUUUGUUCUAAAUUCAGUGAAGACUAAAAGGACCUGUUAACGGAUUAAUAAUCUGCUGCCAAUUCAAUAUUAUGUGCAUAAUCCCAGGACGUAUGUUUAUGUUCUUAAGUCGCAUAGUUUCCAAAAGUAUUGUGUGCUCUAUGCUAAAUAGGAUACUAAAUAUAUCAAACAUUUGUGUUGCUGCAUUGCGUUGUAUCAAUAAAGCCUAGUACAUUCUUCUCAUUCUAAAAA